AUGGUUCCAGACCCAAGCAAUAUCCCUCUGGGGUUUCUGGGAAAUCUGUCGAGGGAACAGGAGCGAUGCUUGCAGCAGCUGUGGUCCUUGGUUCUCUACCUUGAAGAUGCCGCCUCUUUCAAAGAGCUCGAGCAGCUCUUCCGGGUCAACAGUGCCGAACGGAAUAAGACAACUUCAAUAUCGUCAUUUGCGCGCCGAAACUCGCUGCUCGCUCGGACGGAUUCCAUCCUGUUGCGGAGGAGCAGCACAGCGUCCUUCCCGGCACCUUCCAACCCGCUAGCCCAGAGUCUUCGCAGUAUCGGAAUGACCGCGUCUGAGACCCGCUCUGUCGCAAAGUCCUUGACCUAUCUGAGCCCAGACGAUGUCCGGUGGGGCAUACUUACGGCGAGCAAACAUGAAUAUCCGGAUCGAUGGAUGCUCCGAUACCUGCGUUUUUGCAAGUGGAAUGUCAGCAAGGCUUUUAUUCUGAUUUUGAACGCUUUGCAGUGGCGAAUAAAGGAUAUGCAUGUGGAUGACCGUCUGUUGCCAGAGGGUGAGCUUUGUGCGAUUCACCAGUCACAGGCACCUUCGAAUACUGCCGAAGCGCAACUAUCCCGUGGCUUUCUCAGUCAGCUGCGGAUGGGGAAAUGCUAUGUCCAUGGGGUCGAUCGACUAAGCCGGCCUUUGUGUGUGAUACGUGUGCGAUUGCAUCGACCCGAGGAUCAGUCGGAAGAGGUGAUGAACCGAUACAUCACCCAUAUUAUGGAGUCGGUCCGGCUUCUCAUUGCGCCUCCCGUGGAGACAGCAACUGUCAUUUUUGACAUGACUGGCUUUUCUCUUGCAAAUAUGGACUACGCCCUUGUAAAGUUUAUCAUCAGAUGUUUUGAAUUAUAUUAUCCCGAGUCGUUGGGUGUGUUGCUCAUCCACAAUGCUCCCCGUAUUUUUGCAGGAAUAUGGAAGAUUAUCAAAGGCUGGAUUGACCCAGACAUGGUGACAAAAAUCCACUUCACCAAGUCGGUGGAAGAUCUCGCACAGUUCAUCCAUUCCAGUCAGAUUGUGAGCGAACUCGGAGGUGGUGAGGACUGGGAGUAUGACUAUACCGAGCCUGAAAUGGACGAGAACGACUUAAUGGAGGAUGACGAAGCGCGGGACGCGUUACUGGCCGAGCGACAACGUAUCAGCGAGGCAUUCCUUUCCCUUACAUCCCAGUGGAUCGAGGCGACGAGACACGACUGCCCUGAAGAGGUUGCAAUGUUCCAGUCGCGCCGUUUGAAAAUGAUGGAGCAACUUCGCGUUAAUUACUGGAAAUUGGAUCCUUUUGUCCGAGCCCGCAACUUCCUUGAUCGAACAGGCGUCAUCCAGGAAGGAGGGAGGAUCAAGCACUAUCCAGAGACUAAACCUGAGGUCCAGAUCGAGACGGCCAAGGUGCUGGAGGUGGCCCAUGUUGAUCGGGCGCGGGUGAAGCUCAUUAAUGUCUAA